AUGAGCGGUAGCGCUAACAUUCCACGCUCGGCGCUUUCACCUGUUUCUGUAGCCGGCAGCGAUUGGUCUGGGAUAUCGGGAUACCAGAAAAGAACCUCUGAUCAACUCUACGGAGGACCACCACCUCGCAGCGGUUCGCUUACAAACGGCGACGGUAUGGGGCCCCCUGGGCAGCGCCAGGAUGUCUCCCCACCAUCAUCGAUAGCUCGAUCUUCGGACGGAACUGGCUUAUACCCUCAGAGUGAUGCCUCGUCUCUCAGGGAUAUCAUUAAGGAGGAGGAAGUCGCCGCUCACCAUACCGCCCUGAGGAAACUUUUACAACCCUAUCUAUCGCAUCCCGGCAAUUCUCGACCUAACAGGGCCCGUGACAAGCUUCUUCGGCUAAGCGUGGUGCAAUUCCAGGAGCUCAGUACUGAUGUCUACGAUGAACUUCAACGGCGGGAAGGGGUGGACGCGAGUUCUGGGCCUAACGACAGACCCCCACCAUACUUGCUAUCGCAGGAUAGGCUCCAUCCGAAGAGAAACCAGGCUCGGCAGAAGCUCAGCACGCUCCCUGCUACAAGGUUCCGGGAUUUAGCUACGGACGUGUUCUUUGAGCUGGAGAAUAGAUAUCCGAAAUUUGCUACGGAGCUUACAAGGGAGAGGAGCCCCACAAACAGUGUGGAUGGCAGAAGAAUGGCGCCUCCGGGAAGGCUUGGGAGCCCUGGUCCUGGAAGAGUUGGGAGCCCUGGCCCUCCGGGAAGGAUGGGAUCGCCAGGUCCUGGUCAGAUGCGUGGGCCUCCGGGAAGCGCUCCCGGGCCUUACGGACCGGGUCCGAAUGGCAUGCCUAGAAUGGGACCGGGUGGACCUCCUCGAAAUGGCCCACCAGGUGGGUUGGGGCGUCCCGGGAUGGAGGGGGGAGGCUCGCCCAAUAGAGGAGAUGCUACUCAAUCCUUUGGAAGACCACUGCCCAAGACAUUUCAAUCCGGUACUGUUAUUCCGAAUAAGAGCACUAUAGUUGAGGAUGAGGAUGACGAUGAUGACGAUGAAGGGGGUGCCUUCGGAUUGGAAGAUCCAGGUCGUAAACCUAAUGGAAAUAGGAGCGGACCGGCUAGUCCGGGGGUCCGCAGAGACAGUAGUAGAAGUAUUGGUAGUAUGAGUAGUGUGGCUAAUGGUGGAAGUAGCGAAGUAUGUUUAUCCUCACGGGUGUUACGGAAUAUAGGACUAAUUAUAAUUCUUAUUGCUCAGGUUGACAAAAAACUUAUCGCCGAGUAUCAAGGAAAGGUUGAAAUGCUUCAUGAUAAGGUUGUAGGACUCGAGGCUAGCUUGGAAGAUAAAGAUCAGGAAAUCGCUAGGGUAAAGGAUGAAGGGAAGCGGAGGGAGGUUGUGAGUUAUCCUUGAAUAUUGAGUACUGCAGUAGAAUUGGGUUUGACGAUGGGAAACAGGAUCAUGAUCGGGACCGGCAGGAAUGGGAAAAACUUAAACACGACCUCGAGGGGAAACUCGCAACUGCCGAGAAGCUUAAUCAGGAUAUCCAGAACGAACUUUCGAGUGUCAAGGCUGAUAGAUCCGCCAAUCGGGGGAGUUUGAAGGAUCAAUCGAGUGAUUCGCAGCAAACCGUUGACAUUGCUUCGGAUCGAAGGUAUGAAGACUUGCUGAAACAGCACGAAGGGCUAAAGGCGGAACUGCGGGAGCAGGAAGAGGUAUUUGGUACUUGGCAUGUGUAUUGGACUGUGGUGCUGAUGGAUUUUUAUAGGUCACUGAAGAAGUUCGUCGCGAGGCUAUGGAAUUCUUGAGCCAGAUGAAGUCGAUUUCGGAACGAGCGGAUCACUCUUUCGAACGGGAAGAGAGAUUGACCUCGGAAAUUGAAAAACUUCAGAACGAGAUUAAAGAAUGGAAGGCUCGAUACGCCCGCACUAAGGCUACUCUAAGAAGUCUUAGAACAUCGUCCAUGGGGCUGACCUUGCAAUCACCAACCUCCCUCAUUUCUAAGGAGGGGGGCCUCUCGGAUCCUAACGGCCUCGUAAAGGAUGUUCACGUCACCAAGUUCCAGAUCUCGAUUGAUGAGCUUCUGCGAACCGCUAGAGGUGUCAACUAUUCGCAAACAUUGGAGUAUGUUAAGGCUGUGGUCAUGGCAACUAGGUCAAUUACUGAGGAUAUCGACGAAUCCAAGGCCCAUAAUGACGAUAGGCUCAAGCUGAAGUCUAGGGUUUCGGCCACCGCAAAUAACUUGACCACUGCAGCUAAGAAUCAUGCAACUGGCGGAGGAUUGUCACCUGUAUCCUUGGUUGAUGCUGCGGCAAGUCACUUGACUGCGAGCAUUGUGGAGUUGAUUAAGAUUGUUAAGAUCCGGCCUACGCUGCAGGGUGACUUGGAAGAUGAUGGAGAAGAUUUGAUCAUUUCCCCUGCCUCGGCAUAUGGGGUAAACCGUGUGGGUAGUGUCGGAGCGGUAGCUCAAAAGACGAAUGGGGCUUCGAAGGGACAAUCGGGUUCCAGACUUAGCGGAGAUAGUGUCUAUAGUUCUCCAGAGCACUCACGAGAUAGAAGUAGAAACGGAUCCUUGGGGGGGAAGGAGCAGUGGGGAUCUCAACCGAGCUCAGCUCGAUCCCCAGCUUUUGCAGGCGGAGCCGUGGGGAGCAACUUCGAGGAGCUUAGGGUGGGUUCUGGUUCCUUUCCUCUUCCCCCUACCUUCACUGCGUGGCGCUGAUUACUUCUGUAUUUAAUUUGUAAUAGAUACUCCUGGAGACUCAAAUGGUGGGGAUUGUAGAAUCGAUUCAGUCGCUGCUUACAUCAAUUAGGGCUGGUGCCGAUAUGCAAACCCUAAGAGAGCACGUGGACAAUAUUGCUCCUGUUGUAUGGAAGGUGCUACAAAGCACGGAGAAUUCCAUGCAGCAGCCCGGCAAUGAGGCGUUGAUGGACCGUGGAGGCUGGAUUGUGGCGAAUUUGAGCAAGUGUCUCCAGAGCAUGGCCGAGAUGUCGAAUGAGGGGGAGCCAAUCGACGGCGCGGCGGACAAGGAAUUCAAGGGGCGUUUAGCAUCCCUGGCAUUUGAUUUGGUUAGGGAAACCAAGGUUUGCUUUUUCCCACCCUUGACAAAUUUUCCCUUUUAUUUCGCGUGAGGCUGACAUGGUUACUCAGGACCUUGUUCGAACCGUUGAGGAUAUCGACAGCAAGCGUCAGAUUAUGGGCGACGAUAGCUUGCGUUGAUGGCGAUGAUGUCGGUGUUUACUAUCCUCUUUUUUUUUCCCUUGCCACUUUACUGUGCAGUGUACGUGUAUGGUGCUUUUUGUUACCAGAUUAUGUUCUUGUUAUUUCUUAUCUGCAUCAUCUGUGGGGUCAUAAUAUCCUUGCAGUAUUUUUUUCCUUUUUAUUUCCAAUUUUUUUCAUUUCCAUUUUUGACGCCAAUAGAGGCUAUGAGAUGGAUGGUUGGGUGGAGUAUAAAGGGAGUAUGAGUACAUAACUAUAGUAAGGUCUUUUUCCUUCAUGUAAUUUUGUGAUUGCGUGUUGGUCGUCCAUUCCUUCGUUUCUUGAAGAGGAGUUUGGGAUUUAUCCUUUUUUAGUUUAUUUUUCUUUGUUGAAUCAAAAGCACUGGAUAAUACGAUAUCCGGUCUAUAUUCUGGGGCCUUUUUUAUUUUAUUUUAUUUGUUAUUGCAAUUAGAAUUGAGUGAAUUAGU